CGCCCGUGAAAGGACCGGCGUCCGCGGCGAGAGCGCGCCCAGCCCCGCCGCGAUGCCCCCGCGCCCUGGACGCCUCCUCCCGCUGUUAGCUCGGCUGCCGGCCCUGGCGGCACUGCUGCUGCUGCUGGGCCAUGGCGGCGGCGCCCAGGCCCAGGAGUCUGCGGGGGACGGCGGCCCCGCGUCCGGCGGCGGGGACGGGCAGGACCCGCACACGAAGCACCUGUACACGGCCGACAUGUUCGCGCACGGGAUCCAGAGCUCCGCGCACUUCAUCAUGUUCUUCGCGCCCUGGUGUGGACACUGCCAGCGGCUGCAGCCAACAUGGAAUGAGCUGGGAGACAAGUACAACAGCAUGGAGGAUGCCAAGGUCUACGUGGCAAAAGUGGACUGCACGGCUGACUCAGAUGUGUGCUCUGCCCAGGGUGUGCGAGGAUACCCCACCCUCAAGUUUUUUAAGCCCGGCCAAGAAGCAGUGAAGUACCAGGGUCCUCGGGACUUCCAGGCCCUGGAGAAUUGGAUGCUGCAGACGCUGAACGAGGAGCCGGCUACACCAGAGCCGGAAGCAGAGCCACCCAGAGCCCCUGAGUUCAAGCAGGGAUUGUAUGAGCUCUCAGCCAGCAAUUUUGAGCUGCAUGUUGCACAAGGCAACCACUUUAUCAAGUUCUUUGCUCCAUGGUGUGGUCACUGCAAAGCUCUGGCUCCAACCUGGGAGCAGCUGGCUCUGGGCCUCGAACAUUCUGAAACUGUCAAGAUUGGUAAGGUUGACUGUACGCAGCACUACGGACUCUGCUCAGAAAACCAGGUCCGAGGCUAUCCCACUUUGCUCUGGUUCCGAGAUGGGAGGAAGGUGGAUCAGUACAAGGGAAAACGGGACUUGGAGUCGCUGAGAGACUAUGUAGAGUCACAGCUGCAGGGGCCAGAGACGGGAGCCCCAGAGGCAGGAGCCCCAGAGACCAUCCUGCCCUCAGAGGCCCCAGUGCUGGCUGCUGAGUCCACAGGUGACAAGGGCACUGUGCUGGCACUCACUGAGAAGAACUUUGAUGCCACCAUUGCAGAAGGAAUAACCUUCAUCAAGUUUUAUGCACCAUGGUGUGGCCACUGUAAGAACCUGGCACCUACUUGGGAGGAGCUCUCCAGGAAGGACUUCCCUGGAUUGGCAGAGGUCAAGAUCGCCGAAGUGGACUGCACAGCUGAGCGGAAUGUCUGUAGCAAGUACUUGGUGCGUGGGUAUCCCACACUGCUGCUUUUCCGCGGGGGUGAGAAGGUUGGUGAGCACAGUGGGGGCAGAGACCUGGACUCCCUGCACCACUUUGUUCUGCGCCAGGCAAAGGAUGAGCUAUAGAAAAGCCUGCUGGAUGUCGCCUGUCCUGCCUGGCCUCUUGGACCCAGCGUGUGGACUCCUACCAUACAGAUGUCUGUGUUUCAAGAUGGUUUUCCAGAAAGAGCUAAAUGUACUCAAUUCAUAGUAUCUUCUUCCUGUGUGUUUAGGACAACACACUAAAAUUCAUAAGUUUUGCUCAUAAUUCCACAUUCACUGUGCAAGCGUAAGUAUUUGCAGGGGAGACCCAUCCCUUUUGGCCUUCUCUUGACAACUUAAGUGGUUUUCUUUGAACCAAAAGGAGUCAAAUCAAAUGCAGAACUAUUUUUGGCAAAAGCAGCAUUUAAAGAGCAGUAUUCUGAACUCAUGAGCUCCGGGACGGCUGCCCUCCAGGCACUAUGGAUGCUUCUGGGAUGUAAAGCCCACACCACCCUAAUCAUGUGUUUGGGCUAGAGUUUGGAGAUUUCAAAACAAAGCCACAACUUCUAGAAGAUUCUGUGUAAUCAGACCAGAUGAUGUCACAGUCCUUUACUGGCUUCACGUGCGGUAAGACUGGUGUGCACACUAUUACCUUGCCUGUAGAGGGGCCAGGAGAGUCCCAUGAGGCAGGUCCUCUAUUAGCUACAAACCUCGCAAAAGAUUCUGCUCAAAUUUGCCACGGGUGAAAGGGCCAGGUGGUUUUUCAGGUUGUGUACCAGAGACCAUGCAUCUCUGGGAACUGGAUAGAAACCAUUUCUGAUUUGUUUCCAAGUCGAUCCUUCUAGAAAGCUCAUUGUAUGCUGUCCAUCCCCAAGGAGCUUUACCUUCUAAUGUGUGAAUAGGAUUCAUUUGACCUCAAGACCAAAGACUGAAGUCGGCAUUGGGGGCUGGCCCAGUUUUCCCAGAUUGGGUCGAUGCUCUUGUCCUUAUCCUUGCCAUCCUUCUCAUCACCCUCAAAUGUGCCAUCUGUUGGACUAAGGUCAAGCCGUGAGUCAUGUUGAGUCACUGUUCAUCAUGGCUGCUCUGUCCAGCACCCUUUGUGCUCCACAUGCGCAUGCUGUGGAAGGACUCAAGACCCAGUCUACUGUCUGAAGCAGAAGGUAACAGCAGCUCACGAGUCUCCACCUUCAAUAAAACCUUUAUUAAUACCU